AUGGCGGACAGAGCAGCGCUGUGCCAAGUCUUCGACAGCAUAUUCUACGAUGUGCCCAUGUCGCGAGUCAAGUUCAAUGCGAACACUGAGUACGCAUACCUGCAGAAUUUCAAGGUAUUACAGAACACGUUCGCCAAGCACCAUGUCGACAAGCCCAUCCGCGUCGAGUCGCUCGUAAAGUGCAAGAUGCAGGACAACCUCGAGUUCCUCCAAUUCGUCAAGCAGUACUGGGACCAGCACUUCCCCGGCCACGAGUACGACCCCGUUGCCCGUCGCAAGGGUCAGGGCGGUGUCGCGACCGGAGCCACACCUGCACCCCGCGCCGCAGCAUCGACUGCCCGAAGAGCACCAGCUGCUAGCAACACGGCUGCGCCUAGGACACGCACACCGCUUGCCUCUGGGGGAGGAGCCGCCAGCGCCGCUCUGCGCGAGGAGAACAGCGCUCUCAAGGAGACUGUCACGGGCCUCGAGCGCGAGAGGGACUUUUACUUCAGCAAGCUGCGCGACAUUGAAUUGCUGAUCCAGCAAGCAAUGGAGGCCGACCCCGAGCUCGAGAAGGAUGAGGGGCUGCUCAAGCAGAUCCAAAACAUUCUCUACUCUACCGAAGAGGGCUUCGAGAUCCCACCAGAGGCUGAGGGUGAGGGUGCGGAGGAGGAGACGUUCUAG